CUUCUGCGCGCCAGAGACUUGGACUGCAUCUUGCGAAGGAGUAGAACCAUUCAAUCUCUCUCUCUCGCUCUCUCGUCGUGCCGGCAAGGAUUUGUGCGAGUGGGAGGAUAAGGCAAUGCUUGACUUUUUGUUGAACAAAUUUUAGUUGAUUUGAAAGGGGACAAUCUUUCCGAUGAAAUUAAAUUUGGCUUGACAAAGCCUCUGAUGAUUUUGAGUUUGGUUAUCGUCCAACGAAUUUGGACAUUUUUUUGGUAUGAUGGACAACCCACUUUCUGUCAUUUUACUUGGAGGGUUCAUAUAGGAUCUGAAAAUGAACUUACUGGAUGGCAGGACGACUAGGAGUUUACUGUCAAUAAUGAUUAUCCUAAGUCUGUGUUUUUUCUUCUAUAUUUUGACUAUAUGGCAUAUUAAUAAUAAUGGAAAUAGAGAAUUUGGAAAGAGUGAUAGAAUAGCACUGAAAAUCACUGAGGAAACAGAGUGCAGUGUCUUGAGCAAUUUGAAAUUUGAAACUCAUCAUAAGCUUAAAAGUGGCCUCAACCUUCCAGAAUUAAAAACACAAGUUUUGGAGUCAUGUGAUUCUCAAUAUACAGAUUACACUCCAUGCCAAGAUCAAAAACGAGCAAUGACACUUCCAAUGGAGAAUAUGGUCUACAGAGAGAGACACUGUCCUCAAGAAAAUGAAAAAUUGCAUUGCCUUAUCCCAGCGCCGAAGGACUACAUCACUCCCUUCCCUUGGCCCAAGAGCCGUGAUUAUGUGCCAUAUGGAAAUGUUCCAUAUAAGAGUUCAACCAUUGGGAAGCCUUUUGAGAACUGGGUCCAAUUGAAGGGAAAUUUGUUCAGCUUUCCAGGAGGAGGUUCAACCUUUCCUCAAGCAGAUGCAUAUAUAGAAGAACUUGCAUCCGUCAUUCCACUGGCAGAUGGUUCUAUUAGAACUGCACUUGAUACUGGAUGUGGGGUUGCUAGUUGGGGUGCUUACCUUCUCAAAAGAAAAAUAAUAACCAUGUCCUUUGCUCCAAGGGACUCUCACGGUGCUCAUGUACAACUUGCUCUAGAAAGAGGUGUUCCUGCUGUUAUUGGAGUGUUGGGAACAAUAAAGCUUCCAUAUCCAUCUAGAGCCUUUGAUAUGGUUCACUGUUCUGAAUGCAUGAUUCCAUGGACAUCCAAUGAUGGGAUGUACAUGAUGGAAGUAGAUCGAAUUCUUAGACCUGGUGGGUACUGGAUAUUGUCUGGCACCCCUAUUAAUUGGAAGGAAAAUUACCAGGCAUGGAAUAGAUCAAUGCAUGAACUUCAAGAGGAACAAAGGAAGAUAGAGGAAUUGGCCAGUGUACUUUGCUGGGAAAAGAAGUAUGAGAAAGGAAACUUAGCUAUAUGGAUGAAGACAAACUCUUCGCCAUGUCGUAGACCUGAAGUUCUUUCUGUGAAGAUGUGCAAAUCUAAGGAAGACGAUGAUGUCUGGUACAAAAGCAUUCAACCUUGUGUAACUCCCUCCUUACAAGUUAACAGGCCAGAUGAAAUAUCUAGCAGACAGUUGAAGAAGUUCCCAGAUAGACUAUUUGCUGUUCCCCCAAGAAUAUCUGAACGUUAUAUUCAAGGUGUCUCUGUGGAAGCUUACGUGGAGAAUAAUAAUUUAUGGAAGAAGAAUGUCAAAACUUACAAAAGGAUAAACAAAUUAAUUGGUUCUGUGAGGUACCGCAACAUUAUGGACAUGAAUGCUGGUCUGGGAGGUUUUGCAGCAGCACUUGAAUCUCCCCAGUUAUGGGUGAUGAAUGUUGUUCCAACUAUAUCAGAGAGAAACACAUUGGGUGUUGUCUAUGAGCGGGGUCUGAUUGGCAUUUACCAUGACUGGUGCGAAGCCUUCUCUACAUACCCUAGGACAUAUGAUAUGAUACAUGCAGAUGCUGUUUUCAGUUUGUAUCAGAACAGAUGCAAGAUGGAAGACAUCCUCCUAGAGAUGGACCGCAUUCUGCGUCCUGAAGGGAUGAUAAUAAUUCGUGAUGAUGUGGACAUUGUGAACCAGAUUAGGAGACUGGCUAACAGCAUGCGGUGGAACACCAGGCUGCUGGAUCAUGAAGAUGGUCCUCUUGUGCCUGAAAAGGUUUUGAUUGCAGUGAAGAAAGACUUGGUCGGCAAUGAAACUACUGUUUUCCUAACUAGUAAAGUUACCACUUGCCAUCAAACAAGAGUCUUUGGUGGUGCUUCAUGAUGUUAGCUUCAAGAGUGUUCCAUCAUCCUUCCAUUUUUAUAAAGAAAUAUUAGAAGAAAUGAAUUCUGGGAUUCAAGCUAAUAUGCACUUCCAAGAUAGCUGAAGAUUAUAUAGUUUUCACCAUCAAGAUAUAGAGACUGUGAAAUACCGGUAAAACAUCUGACAUAAGGUCCCUUGGAUGAUGCAUUUGUUUGUACUUGGGAAGGGAAUCUUUGGCAUGCAUACAUACCAUGCUUUUGUUUGUAUAUUAAGAAUAUUUAUGCCCAUAUGUGUAAAGAUUAAUUUUUUAAAAUGCAAUACAUUUAUUUUAUCCCA